AUGGCCGCCGGCGACGAAGCUCCCGACGCGCCGCCGCCCCAGCCGCGGUCCUCGACGGAGAAGCCGCCGAUCUUUCUCGACGGCAGCGACGGCGGCAUCGACGACAAAGACAGCAACGCCGGCUACGAUACAUCACCAGGGACGCCGGUCGCGUCCGCCGGCCGCAGCAGCAUCGACAAGGCCCCGCGAAGCAGAAUGGCUGCCCUUCCGCCCUUUGGUCGUCUCCCCGACGAGAUCAUCCAACAAAUCCUCCUCGCAACCGACUCAAACGCCUUCGCGUCUCUCGUCCUGCUCAACUCCAAAUGGCGCACCGUCUCCCAGCAAGCCCACCUCUACGCCCACCACCUCGCACGAACACCCACCUUUCUCGCCAGCAACUACAAGUCCCUCUUUAACCGCCUCAAGUCGCUCCAGCAGUCCGCCCAGGAUGGCUCUACCACUGCCGCCGACCAGCAGGACCGCCACGACCGCCUGCUCGCCGACCUGCGCCGCGCCUUCGCCCGCCAAGUCAAGCGCUGCCGCUUCGACGCCUAUCUGCGGCCCAGUCGCACCCUCGUCCGCCUCGUCAGCAACUCCAUCUCCUCGUCGUCGGCGCCCGGCGGCGAGGGCAUGCAGUUCCAGGCCUCGCCCCGCGGCCACCACUUGCUGGCGUACAACUCGUCCCGCAUCUACGUGCUCGACGUGCGCAGCGCCGCGGCGCCCCACGGCGUCGAGGUCGUCCGCGAGCUCAAGGUCCUGCGGCGGCCCGCGGCCACCUGCAUCCGGGACGACGCCUCGGUGCUCGCCGUGCUGCUCACCGAGAUGCAGGUCGACCUGUACGACCUGCAAAAGAGCCCGCCGCGCCGCAUCCAGUCCAUCAUCCUCGACCACAGCCCGCGCGCCAUUGCCCUGAGCCCCUGCGGCUCCGUCUUGGCCGCCGCCUACGAGGGCGGCAUCGAGGUCUCCUCCCUCCGUCCGGGCGCCCUCGCGACCGACCGCCGCGCCGUCAAGUGCGACCACGUCGACGCCCUCGCCUUUUCCUUUGACGGCACCCAGAUCCUGGGCACCUCGGUCCACGCCGCCCAGCCCAACACCGUCAUCCUGACCGCGCCCUACUACGACCCGGGCAGCCAAAUGUCCAGCGACGAUCUGAGCGCCCUCUGGACCACAUCGAUCCUCUUCCCCAACACCAGCCGCGACUGCAGCCACGCUGUCCUCCUGCAAGACUCGAGCCGCGAGGAGGCCUUUUGGACGUUUGCCUACGACCGGAGCUUCGAGACCUUCCGCGCCGUCCGCAUCGACGACCUCCGCAACGGCACCACCUACUUUACCGGGCCCAUCCCUACCGCAGCAUCCCCGGCCCGCCUGCUCCCUUGCACGCUGCCGUCCGCCUCGUAUCACGGAGACCUUGUCUCGGCCGGGUUCCAAGGCAAGGACAUUUGGCUGUAUGGCGUGCCGGAGGACCUGGACGCCGUUCCUACCAGCCCUGGCAACAACUGCAACAGCAGCAGCGGCGACAGCAGCAACGACAGCAGCAUGGAUCCAGGCGCACCGGGUGGCUUUGAAGGUAUGAGCGGCAGCGGCGCGUCCGCGAUGAGCACUGCUCUUGGUGGCGGCAGCAGCAGCGCCACGAAUGGCGGCAGCAGCGCCAGCGGGGGUGCAAGCAGUGGCGGCAACGGCGGCAGCAUGUCCCGCGCCAACAGCGGCAGCCCGUCCAUGCGUGCGGCCUCGGCCCGCCUGCAAGAAUCGGGCAGCGACUCCUCCGUGCGCGUGCCCCAGUGGCAGCUGCUCUGCGACCGCCAGCGGAACACGUUCAUUGCAGGGUCUCGCGUCGGCGAGCUGCCCGGUGUCAGCAUGGUGAACUGGGUCGAGGGCUUUGGCGACUCGUCCCUGCGCGAGCGCUUGGUCGUCGGCGCCCGCGGUGUGCACCCGCCCCAACCCAUCAGCUCCGACGACGACGGGAUUGACUUUAUUGACGGCGGGCGCUUGUUGCUCGUGGACUUUGACUAUGGCACCACCGAUGGCGAGACAACCGAGAUCACCAUCGAAGUCGGCUCCAAAGAACCCGAGGUUCUCGAAGAGGAGCACCGCGACAUUGACACUGAGGUGGCUAUUGUGCGGCGCCGGACCGUGGCCCAGAAGCGCGGCAAGCCCGGCGCGCUCAUGCGGAAUGCCACCACGGCCGGUGUCGGCGCCGCACACAGCAAUCCCGUCGUGCCCCUGCCGGCCAUGCCAGCCCUGCCCUCGUCCUUCUCACAAGGCGCACGACCCGCGCACGCAUCCAACUCGCGGCCUCUUGCAUCGUCCUCGCUCCGCAAUGCCACAAACAGCAGCACCAACCACGAAGACGACGACGACGAUCCGCUUGUUCCACGACGCAUGGCGGCCCCUCCAACGACUCGCCAGCAGGGCUCAGCCCUCGGUGCAGCAGCACGGACACCGGCCGUGCCUCUUUUGCCGGGAUCGGCUGCUGCUGCUGCUGCGGCCGCUGCCGAAUCGGGCAUGACAACGGAUUCGGCUACCACCGGCACGGCUGGCACGACUGCGGAGGUUAGCCACAGUGAUCGCGCUGAAACAGAGUCCGUGCUCGGUGAGGAGGAACAAGAGUCUAUUGAGGCCUUUGACGCGCCUUACUCGCAGGGCAGUCCACGGUCGGGCGUCACCCUGCGCCGCGCCGCCACCGCUGCCGCCAUCAACCGCCGUCGCAACCCACCGCCCGCCACCACGUCAAGCGGUGCUCCUAUUGUCUACCGCCGCGCCGACGGGCGCCGCGAACACCCUCACGAGAGCGACGCCGACAACUGGGUCCCGCCACCGCCGCCGUAUCAAAAGGACAUUGACCCGCACGAUUUGCCAGCAUUCUUGCGCCACAACGUUCCGCCCGUCGUUGCGCCGCCACAACCCGUGGCUCGUCCCGCCCCCUCGGCCACCGCCGCACCGACCAUGUCGGCCGCGGCACCGCCCCCAGCAACUCUUGCAACAUCUACCUCUUUGCCGCCUUCAAUACCUGGUGUGGGUGCCACGCUGGGCCUGCCAAAUCCAGACCUUGCUGCGGAAAAUACAGCAGCAGCAGCAGCAGCAACAGUGACAACACAGGAUCCAAGUCGUAACGACGAGAGCGAGUUCAAUGAUGACCGGCCGGUGUCGCGUGAAUCAGACACUGUGCCGUCGGGCGACCUGUACGAGGCAUCGCCGCCUGGAUCACCACAUGUUGAGCAGCGGCCACCUACGGGCCUGUCGACGACGAACGAGUCGGCGGGCGCAGCUUCUCAACUGCCGCCGCAAACGCAGCCGCCGCAAACGCAGCAGCAGCAGGCGUCGACUGGUUCCGUGUCGACGACGGGCCCACCAGUUCUCGAUCUCCAGAUUCCCGCACAGACAGGUGGCUCUCUCUCCUGGGACCCGUCUGCACCACAACCUCUGCCUCCCCAGCAACCAUUUCAACCACAACCACCUCAACAACAGCCACCACAGCAGGUGCAAGACAGCUACGGCAACUUUGUGCCCAAGCCCGUGGCCUAUGUGCAAACGUGGCCAAUGCAGCGACCGUCCGUUUCGAACGCAUCCGGUGUGGGCUUCGGCGUGGCCACUGGGCCGACGGGCGGCAUGGGCCUAGGUGUCGGUAACACAAGCUACCCAGUCAGCUACCCAGUCAGCUACCCCUACUCGGCACCGCCUGUGGCACAACCUGCGGCCCAAUAUCCUGCCACUGCCACGACCACUGCCAAUACCAGCGCGCAGGCACCGGCCAGUUCGGAAGACUUUUCGUCGCCGCCGGGGCAAGGCCUUGCCAGUCAACAAGAAGCCGUGUCGCCGCUUUCCCCGAACCGCUUCUCCAUGAACUCCUUCCUUGUCCCGCGCGUGCCUGUUGGCAGCAACCGGCAAAGCAGGCGGUCUUCCAUGCAACGGCCGAGCACUGGGAUUCCACCUGGGCCCGGACCGGCCUCAGCUCUCGGCUCCAGCAGCGCUGCUGCCGUGUCGGUGGACAACCUAGGCUUGAACAAACCCCUCCCAUAUCUACAACCACAGCAGGAUGUGAACCAGGCGUUCCAGCAGCUACAACUUCAACAACAGCAGCCGCAGCCACAGCAGCAGCCGCAGUACUACUUCCAGCCGCCACUGAUGCAGCCACAGCGCGCCUUUUCCAACCCUGUCGUCUCCAGCUCGUCGCCGUCGAUUGGUCCAGUGGAAGACCAGCCGCUCAUCAUCAGCACGCCGCGCGGCGUGACCGGCGCCUUUGACCCACCGAAAAGCAAGUCCAAGUCGGGUCUUGGCCGCUUCCAAGAUGGUCCUGGGGGUAGUGGCAACCAUCAUGACGGCGGUGCUGACGACGACGACGACGACGACGACGGUCCGGCCCCUGUCAUCUUUGCACCGGUCCCACGCCACCCGCAGGCGCAAGAGCGCAACGCCGAGCUUCGCGAGCGUCUCGAGACGUUGUCGGGUGGCGGCACACCUGUUAAGCCUGCCCAAAAGCCGCUGAUUCUACCGUACACGUCGGGGUUCUAUGCUCAAAACGGCACAGCCGCCGCACCCACGUCUGCCACCUUGCGCCAGCCCAGCCUCAACCGCAAGCAAAGCCGUGCCGAGCGCAGCGCGGCCAAGAACAUGGCCGAUGCCAAGAAGCGCGGCUGGCGGCGCAGCAACAGCAAAAAGAAGAAGAAGGGCAAGGAGGCCGCGUCCACCGCGACGGUGGACACGUCCGUUCCCGUCCCGCCCCUUCCGCCGCCGGCAUCGAUCGGCUCAUCCACGGUAACGGCCGUGCCCGGAAAGAGCCGGCGCGGUAAGAAGGCAGCGGCAGCCUCAGUUGCCCCGUCCGUUGCCCCGUCCGAUGCCAUGUCGGGAUUGUCGGCCCUGCCGACCACGACAGACACAACAUCACGGCGCCGCGGCAAUAGGAAGAAGGAGCGCGACUUUGACGCAGCCAGCAGCGCGUGGACGGACAUUACGACGACGACGGCCAUGAUGAACAUGCCGCCCAACAUGCCGCCCAACAUGCACGGUCCGGCGCCCGGGUCGUCCGGCAGUUACUACCAGCCUCCUAUGCUGCAGCAGCAACAGCAGCAGUACCUACCGCCGAUGCCCUCCAUUCCCGGCGGCGGUCCUGGUUCGUCGUCGGCAUAUGCCAUGCAGCAGCUCCAGCAGCACAUCCAGCAGCAGCAGCAAAUGCAGCAGCAAAUGCAGCAGCAAAUGCAGCAAGAAUCCGAAAAGAAGGGCGGAAAGUGCAUCGUCAUGUGA